AUGGCAACUGUCAUUACCAUUCAGCCUUCGACCGCUAGUCCGGCCUCGCCUUAUACUCAAACCCACCAUUCCCCGGACCGCCGCCGACCCCAGACUUCUACUCCCAACCUUUCCCCUUCACCUAUCUCUGUCAAUUCGACCUUACCCCGUCUAUCGCGGGAUGGAGCUAGCUGUGACGCCUGUCUCCGUAGAAAGAGUCGAUGCGCUAUGAAUGAUAUGGUCAACAAAUGCUAUUCGUGCGACUUCCAUCGCCAGGAUUGCACUUUUACCUUAACGGCCGGAGACGGCCCCACAAAGAAGAGGAAGCUGUCUGAGUCGGUUCGGGAAGAGCCUGCAAAACGCCCUGUCCAGUCAGUUUCUACCGAGGAAGUGGCUCGUCCGGGCCAUUGUCACGCCAUGAUUCGCCCAGGCUUCUUCAACCAGACUACUCAACAUAUUGGUCUCACUACAGAAUUGGAACCGGCGCUAUUGGACUUCUUACCACUUGAUGAAUAUGAUGAGUUCUCGGUAUCUUCUUCCCGCAUUCGGAGAUGCGCAGACGAUCACACGUUUAUGCGGGUCGUCAAUACCGUCCCCGUUGGUGACUCGCAGGCCGUGUCACUGGAUGCCAUUGAGAGCCUGGUUGCUCCUUAUGGCUCCACCUUGAUUGAGAAGUUUUUCGAACACGUGCACCCUUCUUUUCCAAUUUUGAUGGAGGAUGCUUUCCGUCAGUCAUAUCGGGAGCGUCGCCAGCUAUCACCGUUGUUAUUGGCCGCGGUGUAUGUAUUGACGUUGAAGUUUGUGGAUGUCGGUGCCUCUUCACAGACAGCCCGACGACCGGAUUCUGCUCGUUUGGAGAGCGCGGCUUUGAAAUUGCUUCUCGACUCAUUACCAUUUCCAAGUAUCUCGACUAUUCAGGCGGGUCUGUUGUUGACUCAGAAGUCGACACUAGCCACGUCGUCACUGAACGGCCAGCUGGUGACUGCUGGUUUCGAACUAGGUCUGCACCAAGACUGCACGAACUGGCGCAUGAAGACUUGGGAAAAGGGCCUGCGAAAACGACUCGCCUGGGCUCUUUAUAUGCAGGAUAAGUGGUCCGCUCUCGUGCACGGCCGCCCCUCACAUAUUUUCGCAUUCAACUGGACUGUCAAGGAUCUUGUGGAGCAGGACUUCUCAGAUGCCUUCCUGUCCGGUACUCACGCUCCACACGACGAAGCAGCCGUCGGCCAUGGCCCCCUUCUCUUCUGCCAUAUGGUCGCUUUGACGACCAUCCUCUCCGACAUCCUGGACCGCUUCUACACCCUCCAAGCAGCAGAAGACUUCCACGCCGCAGGAAACGCGCGCACACGAAUCAUCCUCGAAAAAGCCAAACCAGCACAAAUCCGACUAAAAGACUGGUUCUCCUCCCUCCCAGCCGCGCUCAAGAUGGAAUCCGGCAGCGGCGAACUAGUCGAGACAAUCACAGACGAACUAGCCCGCAACGGCGCCCUCCACCUCGCAUACUUCGCCACCGAAAUCACCCUCCACCGCUGCAUCGUCCGCUCCCUAGCAACAGACGGUUCAGACUCUUACCUCGCACACAUCUGCCGCUCCGCAGCUAAAACCCGCCUCAUCUCCGCAAUGGACUUCGUCAACCGCCUCCGCCCCGCCCACCUGCGCUCCUUCUGGCCCGCCUCAGCACGUACCAGUUUCUCCCUCAUCGGCUCCUUCGGUAUGCUUCUACGAAUCACAGCGCCGACAACCGAGGAAUCGGAGUUCUACCGCUUACGGCUGUGCGAGUACCGAUGGACUCUUAGCGUUAGUCACAAGAACGCGGCAUUCAUGGGCUUCGCUCUGGAGAGUCUGGAUAAUGCCACUGCGCUCGAUAAGCAUGUUCCUGCGAAGCCUUCUAUUGACGAGCUGAUGGCUUCGUCUAAGCAGGCCACUUCUCGGUUGCCGCCUAUGAAUGCCGCGACCUAUGAUGAGGCGAUGGGUGAUCCGGAUGGUAUCCCUGGUGGAACGGGUCCUUCGUCCUCGGUUAUUUCUGGAUUGGCUUCUCCUGCUACGUCUAUUAGUGAUGAUGAGAACGAGUCUCUAAUGAUGUGA